AUGGUCAACUACGUUAAAGGUCCCAAGUAUACCACCGUCAAGAAAAUUGCUGGAUUGACUCCAACCCAAAUUAAAACUACUUUUCCAAUUUUGGCUUUCUGGGGAGGUGCCGGUCUGUUUGCCGUCUUCACUUUCACUGAAAACUGGCCUUUGUUCCAAAAGACUUUCUUCGAGAAGAUCCCAAUCUUUGGUCAACACUGGAUUAAGGACAUCGACCCUGAAGAUGUUCCAGUGUAA